GUGGAUAUGGACGAAUCCCACGUCCCAGCGCUGGACCAUGAACUACUUACCAUGACAUGAAAUCCAGACGACUUUUUGCAUCAGCAAGGCGUAUUCAGAUUCGUUCGUUCGUAUUCAUUGCGAGAUGGUCUCUUCACUUUCCCCUUUUCUUUCCCUUUUCUUUCCCUUUUCAUCUCUCUACAUUUUCAUCUCACUACUUUUCUUUUCUUCUUUCUCCCCCUUUGACACCCCACAUUGCGGAUGGUUUCUCUCUGUCGAUAGCAAGCAGCCUACGUCCAGGGCGUACGUGACAUUUGCGUAUCCUGCCUGUACAGGACAGAUGUUAGGGCUGGAACUUUUGCAUCUGUCUUUUUUUCUUUUUCUAUCUUUUUUCAAUUUUUGUCUUUUUCUUUUGACCAUAUACGAUGAGAGAGCUUUUUUCUAUACAUACCUCUAUCCAUACAUACAUAUCAGUCGUCUUUCUUUGGUUUUUUUGAAACAGAAAAUCAACUUGUUUCUUCGUAUCUAAACCGACUUGAGAAUAUGGGCAGCAGGAAGAAAAUGAUAAUGGUUGGAUUGCCAGCAGAGCUAUAGUCCAUGUCGAAAUCAAAUCGAUAUAGCAGACAGGAAGAGAAUCGAGCAUCACUCCGGCAGAUGCGAAGGAAAAGUAACACAAGAUGAACGAACGCACCGAACAAAAAUCACAGGCCAUGGGAGAGAGAAACUAU